AUGUUGACCCAAGGGAUUGUGUUGGUAGUCUACACGGCCGUUGCGGCUGCAAGCUGGAAUGGCACCAUCAACUACGGCAGUCCGUCUUCGCGCCAUACAGCCUUGGGCAUCAACAUGCACAAAGUCAAGAGGCGCAUGCUCGUGAAACGAGAUGGAUCGUAUCAUCAUACCAUGGACGUCAGAUUCACGCAUGGUGUUGCAUCGGGCGACCCGUUUGCAGAGUCGGUCAUGCUCUGGAUGAGAGCUUCGCCGGUGCUCCAGAACGACGCUUUUAACGUCACAGUCAAGGGCGCGGAGCCUUGUUUCAGCCACGACACUGAGCGGUACAUCAAGGCCUCAAAAUCGCCCAUUUGCGUCGAUUGGAAAGUGUUUACUGGGUUGAAUACAAGCGACCAGGUUAUCUCCACGGCAAGGCCUACACCACGUCUGAUAUCGACUACACCAUCAAGGCGAGGAUCUCUGGACAAAAGCGAUCCGUGGACUGAUUUGAUGCAGAUCGAGGCUGAUGGGCUCAUUGGGCGGACAAAGACUGCUCCUGCGCCAGACGACGACGUGUCAUCGCUGAGACUGGGCGUCUUCUCAUGUGCCAAUUACCCUCUUGGAUAUUUCAACGCAUAUGGGAACGUUGCCCGCAAGGACAGUAUCGACUACGCGUUGCAUCCUGGCGAUUAUAUCUAUGAAGACGAAGUCGGUGUUCCAGGCGAAGACGAGCGCGCUAUGGUGCCUGCCAAAGAGAUUGUUACGCUUUACGACUACAGGACGAGGAUUGCGCAGUAUAGAAGUGAUGAGGAUCUGCGAGCUGCGCACGAUAAGUUACCGUUCAUUACGGUUUGGGUGUGCUUAUUUGCCUGUUCACCUUUGAAGAAGUCCAACUGA